UAUUAUUUAAUAUCAAUGAGAUGGGAUGGUUACUUACCAUUUCAUAUCAAUACAUUUUUUUGCAUCUUCGCUCUUUCUAAGUCCGAGAAGUUUUUGCGGAGUAAUUUCAACGAAUCUUACUUGAAAACUUUCUGAUACGGUUACCUUAGACCACAUCAUUUAGAAAAGAAGUAUUCCUGGUCUAUUAGCAAUGGACACAUUGUAUUUGCAGUCAUUUGUAAAUAAGUACCUUUUCAAGUUGCCGGUUUCAAUUUAUACGAGUAUUCUUGAUGGCUUACCACGCACAUUCAUUUACUACUACGUAUUGAGAAUAUCAGAUCCCGAAAUCCGAAGUGAGAUACUAGAUUGGUAUUUCAAUAAGGAUGAUGUAAUUUUAGACCUUAUUGGAAACGGCGGUCUUUUUAGCAUGCCGAAAAUUCGUUUAAUAACUUCUGUUGUGACAAUGGUACAACUCCUACAACUACCAGAAUUUCGCCCCAAAGAAUUGCAUAUACGUUUAUCCAUGAAAAAUACUGUAAAGGCUGAGCUAAACAUUUUAAUGGGGCAAAUUGACAAAUUAGAUGCCUUGCCUAAUAUAAAAAUACUGAUUGAUCCUUUUGUUGGCAAAAAUCUUGAACCAUUAGAUAUUGAACCGAUGGUAAGGCUCUCUUGUAUGAAGUCAUUAUCUCUAUACGUAAAUGGGUUUUCCAUAAAGAUUACAAAAUUCAAUGCCUACUUACACAAGAUGUUUGGUGAGCUUCAGAGUCUACAAGAUCUAUUUUUGAGCUUAUCACCCGAAUGGGAAGAUAUGUUUGAGUUGCCACAAUCCCUAACUAGUCUCGCCAUUUACGAAUCAAAUAUAAAUUUUCAGAAUGUGAAAUUACCUAAAACACUAACGAAAUUGACCUUAAGUAGUUGCAGGCUCGGUGAUACAAAGCUACAAUCUAUUAAAUGGCCCAGAAAGUUAUUGGAAUUGUCCUUACAUGACAAUUUGUUCACCAUACUUCCUUUAUCAAAAUUCCCACAAACACUAGAAGUGUUAGAUAUUUCACUCAACGUGUCUAUAAAAACAGUAGAAAUAGAUAAUAAUGCUUGGUUGCCUAAUCUAAGAGAACUUGACGCAUCUGGGUGCGGUAUUAAUCACGAAAUGUUUUUAAAGCUAAUUAAGAAUUGGCCUUCUAAGUUGCUGAAUUUACAAAUGUCUUGGCACAAAUUGACACACACUGAAAGUCUACAGGGUCUUCCUGACUCAAUUGAAUAUCUAAACUUAGCUUGUCUCAAACCAAUAUAUUUAAAUUCAGACUUCAAAUUGCCAAGCUCUCUAAAAGAUCUAACAAUUACUUUGCAAGGGUAUUUUUCCAAAUUAGUCAUUCCCUAUGGGGUAGAGAAUUUGAGAAUUAGUGGUAAAAAUCUCAGGUUUUCAGACUUAGAACUACCUCAUCUGUUGAGGCUUUUGAAUCUAUAUAUCGUUUAUAUUGGUAAUAUUGAUUUCCUUAGUUCAGAUAGAUUCCCUCGGCUUGAGGAGUUACACUUGACACAUUCCGGUAUUACUUCAAUUGAUACAUGGAGAGCUCCUACUUCUUUGAAGAUUGUCAAGAUUACUCGUAAUCCUAUAAAAAGUCUCUCGAAGCAUGCUCCACUUUUAAAUUGUGCUAAGCUCAAGGAGCUUUCCUUCUACAAUUGUCAAAUCAAUUUUUUAGAGGAUGGUAUUCAAAUGCCAUUACAAUUAAGAAAGUUAGAUCUAUCAUUCAACAAACUUGGCAAUUCUGAGAAAACAGAUUUUAAAGGAGUAGCAGUAAAUUUGGAAGGGAAUCCUUUUACGACUAUAGAUUUUGGGACAACUACAAGGUUAUUCCAAUGAGUGGCUCCCAAUUUAUAUAGAAAUGGUAGUUACGAGUCUCUGAAGAUUAUAGCUAAACAGUGAAGAGAAAUUAGAUAUUAAUAUACAUGAUUUCUU